AUGCCUUUGUCACCGAUCGCCCAAACAGCCAUGUUCACGAGCACGCGCAGACGCACAUCGUUGGUGCACGCAGAAGAUCGUGAUAGCCUCGGCCCGCACUCGCCCAAUACUGGCUCGCACUCUGCGCUGCACGCUUCCACGUCGGGUUUGUGCAUCAAUCCGUUUGGACGCACAUCGAUCAGCGUCGAUCGCGAUCGCGGCGCGGGAGACGACCACUACGUUGCAACCGAUUCUCUGUCUGGUUCGCGUCGUCGCUCGGCUGCCACCAUCAUCUCGACGUUGCUGCAUCUGCCCAACAAGGACGCAGGCUGGAAUCACGACGGCUAUAGCUCGGAAGAUGCGGCUUCGUCUACUGGAAGCAACAGGCUGCCACUACAACAGCCGUCGACACCCACCAUGUCGUCAUCACAACCGCAACCUAGGAGACCAUCAGCCUUCUUGCGAGCGUGGAAAAUUCGUCGCACUAGCCACUCGACCCAAUCACCACUUGCACCGCAACAGUCGCAUUUGGUCUCGUCUCCGACUUGCUCCGCUUCGGCAUGCGCCACUGGCAGGCGCAAAAGCUCGGCACUCACCAGAGUACUCACUCCGUCGGCUUUCAGAACCAACGCUUCUCCCAGAGUCGACCAACAUGCACGCGUUUCCACCUUGUCAGACGACCACAGUGGUCGGCGUCGCAGUCUGAGCAUUGUUUGUCGAGGCGAGCGUGAUUCUGAUGAUCUCGAUCCGGUCGAUCGCAUCGCGUGCGUUGCAUCUAGUAGCGGGGCACCAGACCGACUAGGUACAGCUAGUGCAGUAACGGCUGCUAUGGCUAUCAGAGAUUCAUGGCUGUAUUCAUCCGAGCGUGCAUACGGAAGCGCUUCUACCAUCACCACUUGGUCGGCACAGUCGAAUGGCGUCUCGAUCAACUCGCAAUCCAGCGUCGGCUGCAAGAGCCUAUCAGCCCCUUGGAUUACAGCUGUAGGCUUGGACGUGGAAGAUGCGCAGAUCCAGUUGGAGCAUCAGAAGCAACGACUCAGGAAUCUACGUCAACAAUGCGCUAGCGGAGCCAAGUGGCGUAGUCAUUCGGCUGGCGUCAGCGUGGUUUCCCUGUCGUUGACCGAGGAGAUCGCACUGUACACGAGCGACGUACACACCGUAGAGACCAACACGCGUCCAGCCAGGACCACGACGGGUGCCACAAGCAGUGCGGACGACGCGUGCAUGGCCAGAUCCCACUCGGUCGCCACAAUAGCUGGUAGGCAAGCUAACAAGAACCGCCAUGUUCCGGAUCCGGAAGCGCAGGAAUUUGCGUGCAGUUCAAGUUUGCCAGACCGGCGUGACACUGUUCAGCGCAUCGCGAGGGGGACGAGCGUGGGGGCUGCAGAGGCGAGAUUGGCGGCUCAGUCAGCUGCGCCGGCGGUGACGAUCGCCGACGCGUUUAGCAGGUUCAACUUGGCAUCUCAGCAAGGGAUCGACGACAUGCAGAGGCGGAUCGAGAGGCAGAGGGUGGAAAGUGGGUCGUUGGAUCCAGUGUUUUCUCGACUGGCUGCACGCUCGCCGUCGUUGCACACGCCGACUUCAGAGGCGGCAGCUUCGGACGGACACGGCGCUCGUCUAUCGAGCGAUGCAACCCGCAUUCAGUGGCAGACACCCCAGUGGAAUUCAGCGUCGCCGUUCCGUCCAGACGCACCAACGUUGUUCUCUGCAUCCUCGACCUCGCAGCCUCAUCCUUCUGUAGCAGCAAGUGCAUCCUACUACUCGACGCACGACCAAUCGCCCACUUCGUCCGACUUCCCACCAGCUGCUACGAGCGUGGUUGGAACGGUCGUCGCUAUCAAUAACGAGCCAUUCCAACGCCGAGCCACGACGUACUACGACGCAAGCGCUCUGCCUGCCGUCGAGCAAGUGCGCGUCUCGUCGAUCGCACAAGUGGCGCACACGACGAGCGAUGCGAUCGCGCCUCGAUCGCCCACAGCGUCGUUGGAAAUGCGCACUGGUCGACGUUGCUCGUUCUCGCUGCCACGCUCACCGCCGGGGUACGAGCACAUGAUCACACAUGCUUGCGUCAGCGCCGCUGCCCCUGCUGCUGUUGGAUCGAAUGAUGACGAAGAGUUGGCUUGCUCGCACGCCCCGACACCGAGACUCAUGUCGCUCGAAAACGAUGCCGUAUCGCCGCUCUCGUCGAAUUUCGAGCCGGAAACGCCUAGCGUCAGCGCGAUCUUCCCAGCAAGCAUCAGUGGCGACGUCGAGAAACUGAGCUACUCAGCCUCCAGUCACAGUGGAUUGCAAAAUCACAUGGAUGGCCUGGACGAUUUACACGCGCAGUUCUGCUCGGCGCUGCUCCUCGAUCUCGGUAAUGGAACCACGAUCCCAUUGAGCCCCAGCCCAGGCACAGAUCCCAGACAGGAUCCCUUCGCUUUGCUCGCUCACUGA